CUCGGCGCUGCUGGUGCUCAACUCAAGUCUGCCAGUUAGUAGCAAUUCACGUGUUGCGUUCGUACACAGUUCAGUCGUUGUUCCGAACAUAAACAACUUGAUUUUUACACCUUAAGCGAGUGUUAAUUUAUUUAAAAACAAAGUCAAAAUGAUCAUUCCGAUUCGUUGCUUUACCUGCGGCAAAGUCAUUGGAAACAAGUGGGAGGCCUACAUCGGUUUGCUGCAAGCCGAGUACACCGAAGGUGACGCACUUGAUUCUUUGGGGCUCAAAAGAUAUUGCUGCAGAAGAAUGCUUCUUGGACACGUCGACUUGAUCGAAAAACUUUUGAAUUAUGCUCCACUAGAGAAGUAAAUCGAUGUGAUGUGUAUUAAAAGUAUUUGAAUUGCUGAUUAUAAUGCUGAUGCUGUUCAAUAUCUCAUGUACGAUGCUAUUGAUAUGAAAUAUGAAUAAUUAGCGAUUCAAAUUAUAGGACAAUAUAUAAUUUUAAUUAUAAAAUGUGUAUUUGAUGAAGAAUAUCUUUAUUAUUGUUUUCAACGCCAUCAAACAAUAUGAAUUGUUGCAUCAGCA